AUGCAUUCAAGUAAGAUAUUGGCACAUCCACCUGAACAGCAGCAACAACAACAACAACCAAUUCCAAUGAUUAUUGGUUCUUCGAAAAAAUCACUACCAUAUUCAAUGAUAUCACAAUAUGAACCUCCAACAGUAGCCUAUAACGAAUCCUUGAAAAACAAUAAAGUUGCGCCACCACAAGUUCAUGAUUCACAAUUAGUCAAUCAAGCAUUCCCAAAUAAUUCCUUUCUAAGUCCAUCAUCAUUAACAUCAACAAAUCCAUUAAUACCAUAUUCUUUUAUAUCACAACAAGAACCACAGCACAACGCAAAUAAAUAUAUCGAUCAAUCGAAAACAAAUAAAAAAAAUUCAAAACAUCAAUCUGCAGUUAGUACAGUUAAUGCAAAUUAUAAUAAUCGAUCACAUGCAUUUUACAAUCAAAGUAGUGAUGGUCCUGAGACAGCAGCCAAAAAUCGACCUAACAAUACUAGAAAUAGCGCACUUCAAAGUGACAUAGAUGAUGAUGAAACAAAACCACAGGGCAAAUGGGGCCAAUGGCUUUCUCAACCAUUAUGUUUAGGUUUGACACGUUUAAGUGGUGGAGUUUUAUUUGGAUCAAUGAUAUUACUUGCUUGUGGAUCAAUAGCUGGUCUUAUUGCGUCGAUUGCUUUAUUUGUUUUAGAUAGUGAGACGAAUAGUCAAUGGAAAAUCUUAGGCAUGGUUAUUUGUUCUAUCAUGUUAAUAACAAUAAUUGCGACAGUACUUAUAUUUAUUUGUUGUUAUAAACAUGGUUAUAUGGAUAAUUCAGAUGAUGAUAUUGAUCCAAUCGAUCCAUUAACAACAUCAGGUUUCAAACAAAAUGAACGACAAAAAGCUGCUGUCAGAACUUAUAAACUUGAUUCAAUAAAUCAUGCAUCAUCGAUUCCAUCUGGUAUACUUCAAAAUGUAUCAACACCAAGUUCCAUGCCUAAACUAUCGUGUAAAGUUCAUGAUAAACAAACAAAUACAGAAACAAGCAUUGCUCCAUUACGUCCAAAAGAUUUUAAUCGUGGUGUAUGGCCAGCAAUCAAUGCCUUUGGUGGAAUAGCAGAUCGUUCAAAAGUUCGACCAAGAAUGAUUUCUCGUGUUGUUCAAGUAUUACCACAUGAAAUUGAAGAAACACUUGAAACUAAACAAGUUAUUAAUAAAAUUGUUGUUCCACCAACAGCAGUAACUCCACCUCCACAAGUUCAGCAACGAAUAAUUUAUAUGCCUGAUGAAAAAACAUCUGUUAUUGAUGCUGUCGAAACAACAACAAAACAACCACGAAUAGCUAGUAUUCGGGAAGUACAAAAACAGAAUAUUGUUGUACAACCAAAACCUCGUGUUGAAACUGCUCAUGUUGAAGAACAACGAACACAUCGUAUUGAAAAUAUUGACAGUAGAGAUGAACAGCCACAUCGUGCUGAACAUGUUGACAGUAGCGAUGAAGAAUCACAUCCUAUUGAACAUAUUGAUACUAAAAAAAAACAAGCACAUCGUAUUGAACAUGUUGAUAGUAAUGAAGAACAGCCACAUCAUGUUGACACGAAGGAAAAACAAACACAUCGUACUGUUCAAAAACCUCAGCAUGAAAUCGUUGAAGAAGUUAAUGAACGAGCAAGAUCAUCAUCAAUAGAAGAAAUUGUUGAUGUACCAAAACAUGGAAAGAAACAUGGAAGAAAGAAAGAUAAAAAGCAAAGUUUUGGAAAAGUUUCUGUUAAACAUGUCAAACCCACCAAUUAA